AUGAGAGCACGUAUGGUAGGACCAGGAAGUUCUUCUUCCAAUUAUAAAUCAACUACUGAUCCAUGUAGAUUCAUGGGAUGUGGACCAUCAUCAUCUACUUCUUCUGGCUACAGAAAGGGAGGAAAUGCUGCUGGACCAAUGGCUUCAAAGGGAACAUGGGCUGCUACUACUGAUAUUGGAAAAACUGCAGCAGUUGGAGCUGAUACUUAUGAAGCUGGAUAUAGAAAAGGAGGAAAUGCUGCUGGACCAAUGGCAUCUAAAGGAACAUGGGCUGCUACUACUGAUAUUGGAAAAACUGCAGCAGUUGGAGCUGAUACUUAUGAAGCAGGUUACAGAAAGGGAGGAAAUGCUGCUGGACCAAUGGCUUCAAAGGGAACAUGGGCUGCUACUACUGAUAUUGGAAUUACAGCUGGUGUUGGAGCUGAUACUUAUGAAGCUGGAUAUAGAAGAGGAGCUGAUGCUGCUGGACCAAUGGCAUCUAAAGGAACAUGGGCUGCUACUACUGAUUCUGGAAUUACAGCACCAUGUUCAGGAACUGAACCAAUUCCUGAUUCAUACGAAGCAGCUGGUGUUUUAGCUGAACAAAGAAAACUUGAAGAAGAAGCUGCUAAUGCUGCUGCUGAACAACAAUAA